UCUGUACACAUUCAGGUUCGGCAGCAUUUUUCAGUUUAGCAGUCCUCCCGUAGCUCAGGAAGACAACAUUUUAUUCAUUGCACCUGCACCAAGACCACAUCAAGCAUCAGUUGUUGUGAUGGCCCACCAACCUCUCACAAAAUGGGAGAGUGGCCUUUGUGACUGCUUUGAAAAUGCCAGUACUUGCUGCUAUGGGUUCUGGUGUUGCCCCUGCCUGGCCUGCACAGUCGCAGGGAGAUAUGGAGAGAACCGAUGUCUGCCAUUGUGUGACAUCAUUAGCCCUGCUGUUUGUACAGCUUGUGGGUUCCCUCUGUUUGCGCCCCCUGCAGUCUUGUCAUUAAGAGCAUCCAUGCGAGGCAAAUAUGGUAUCAAGGGCUCCAUCUGUAAGGACAUCCUUGCUUCCUGUUUCUGCAUUUGGUGCAGCUGGUGUCAGAUGCACCGUGAGCUUAAACACCGAAGCAAAACGCCAACUAUCAUUAAUGUGAACACCCAAACUAUUGUUCAGCAGCCUGCUCCUAUGGUGAUAAUGCAGCCAACCCUUGCAGCGCCUCCUUAUUAUGUUGGUCACCAAUAAGAGGCAUCACAUGCAGCAUUAAAGUGCAUUUUGUUUUUCCUGAUUUACUCUCAAUCUGUACUUGAUUCAUGUUUCAGCUCAUUUAUUUAAUGAUCAUCCUUACUUUGAUUAAACUAAUCAAGACUAUAACAACACA